AAGCAUGGUGGCAGCACCUCCGCUCUGAUUGGCUGAAUGUUUUCACCGUAAUCUUGGGCGCUGGGUGGCCGACCGAGGCGCGGCCGUCAGUGUGUGGAUUGGGCUCUUGAGAUGGUUUUGGAUAUCCUCGUGAACACCCGAGGUCGGGCGACACGUCUGGGAGAUUAGAAACCUGAGGCUGAAGUUCCUGACUUCCGAUUCUGCCCCCGGGCACUUUCUGAGAGCGUGGAAGAGAAGGCUGCGCGAGGGACAACGGCUUCUUCUACCUCCGCGUGGCCGCUGGUCCCGCCUUGUGCUGCAGUGUGACGGGAGUUCUGUCGUCUCUUCUGGCCGCAGAUUUAUUAAGAAGUGAAAACUGAUGGCAGUGAGAGGAGGGGGAAGGUCUUUUCUCCUACCCACUUCCCAAGGGCCCCAAAGUCCUUGCAGAUUUACCUAGUUUCUAGACACCUGUACGUCGUGGAUGCUCAGCGGAGAAGGGUUCAAAUAUUGGGAGAGUGGGUAAUACUAGCAUUUUAAGGGAUUUGUGUAUAUUUCCAAAACUGACUUUGACCACCAUCACCGCCGGCAUCUUAGGAGUCGUGAGCAUCUCUCGCCGUCCUGUGGCUCCAAAAUGUUAUGUCGGUUAAGUCGGCUCUGCAGGGGUUUGUCCAGACCCACCGGAAGGGCCACCCCUCUGGUCCGGGGUUCUCUCUCUAGAAGUCUGGGUCUGAGUUCACAGAGAAGAAUUCCAGAAUUCAGUAGCUUUGUUGCCCGGACCAACACAUGUGGAGAGUUGCGUUCUUCUCAUUUAGGCCAAGAAGUCACUUUGUGUGGAUGGAUUCAGUACCGAAGGCAAAACAUUUUCCUGGUCCUAAGAGAUUUUCACGGGCUUGUUCAAGUUAUCAUUCCCCAGGAGGAGUCAGCUGCUCCUGUGAAGAAGAUUUUAUGUGAAGCCCCCAUAGAGUCUGUGUUACAAGUGUCUGGGACAGUAAUUUCCCGACCUCCAGGACAAGAGAAUCCAAAAAUGCCUACAGGUGAGAUUGAAAUCAAAGUUAAAACAGCUGAACUUCUGAAUUCCUGCAAGAAGCUGCCCUUUGAAAUUAAGGACUUUGUGAAGUAUCGCUACUUGGACUUGCGUAGUUUCCAAAUGCAGUAUUACUUGCGACUGAGGUCCCAGAUGGUCAUGAAAAUGCGGGAAUAUCUCUGUAAUCUACAUGGGUUUGUGGAUAUAGAAACACCAACAUUGUUUAAGAGGACUCCAGGGGGUGCCAAAGAGUUUGUAGUACCAUCCAGGGAACCUGGAAAGUUUUAUUGUCUCCCUCAGAGUCCCCAACAGUUUAAGCAGCUUCUGAUGGUUGGUGGUUUAGACAGGUAUUUUCAGGUUGCCCGAUGUUACAGAGAUGAAGGUUCGAGACCAGACAGACAGCCCGAGUUUACUCAGAUUGACAUAGAGAUGUCUUUUGUAGACCAGAGUGGGAUCCAGAGGCUGAUCGAGGGUUUGCUACAGUAUUCCUGGCCCAGUGAUAAGGAUCCUGUGAUGGUUCCCUUCCCCUCUAUGACUUUUGCUGAGGCCUUGGCCAGCUAUGGAACUGAUAAACCCGAUACUCGCUUCGGGAUGAAGAUCAUAGAUUUCAGUGAUGUGUUCAGAAACACAGAGGUUGGAUUUCUCCAAGAUGCACUUAGUAAACCCCGAGGAUCUGUCAAAGCCUUAUGUAUCCCUGAAGGAGCAAAAUACUUAAAAACGAAAGACAUUGAGUCCAUUAGAAAAUUUGCAGCUGACCAUUUUAAUCAGGAAAUCUAUCCCAUAUUCCUGAAAGCCAAUAGAAACUGGAAUUCUCCAUUUGCUCAAUUCAUAAUGAAGGAGCAAAGAUUGGGACUAAUGAGACUGAUGGAGAUUCAGGAGGAAGAUGUGGUCCUACUAACUGUUGGCGAGCACAGUAAAGCAUGCUCAUUGUUGGGAAAAGUACGACUGGAAUGUGCUGACCUUCUAGAAGCAAGAGGAGUGGUACUCCGUGAUCCAGCCCUGUUCUCUUUCCUUUGGGUGGUGGAUUUCCCACUUUUCCUUCCCAAGGAGGAAAAUCUCAGUGAGCUGGAGUCAGCACACCACCCAUUUACUGCUCCCCACCCCAGUGACAUCAACCUCCUAUACACUGAGCCUGAAAAGGUCCGUAGCCAACACUAUGACUUGAUUUUAAACGGCAGUGAGAUAGGAGGUGGUUCUAUCCGAAUUCAUGAUUCAGAACUACAGCGUUAUAUCCUGGCAACAUUACUAAAGGAAGAUGUGAAAUUGCUCUCCCAUCUGCUCCAGGCUUUAGAUUAUGGGGCACCCCCUCAUGGAGGAAUUGCCUUAGGAUUAGACAGACUGAUAUGCCUUGUCACUGGAGCACCAAGCAUCAGAGAUGUCAUAGCCUUCCCCAAAUCCUUCCGGGGGCAUGAUCUCAUGAGCAAUGCACCUGAUUCUCUCUCUCCUGAGGAACUGAAGCCCUAUCAUAUCCAGGUUUCCUGGUCAGCAGACUCAGCAGCAGAGAAGAGCUCCUUGAAUCAUCCACACUGUCCAGAAAGUUGAGUUUAUGGGUUUGUCCUCUGCCUUCCCAGGCUAACACCAGAUCUGGAGUUCAGCCAGAUACGGCAAUCAUGUUUUUAGGGGGAGAGUCCAGGCAACAUUCUCCACAAUGAAGAAACAGAAGGUAUCCAGUUUUGACCUGAUAACAUACAUUAGUAUUUUUCUUUGUUCGGGACACUUGAAGAUUCUUACUUGGAGAGGUGUGAAAGAUGGCUCCUUGUUGGAGUAUAAUAGCAUAGUGUUUUCCACCCGAUUUGUUCACUGAGGACAGAGGUAAUCAAAUCGUGUGAAAUGUGGGUAAUAGGUGACGGGGCCAGUUCAAUCAGCCUCAAGAGAAUCCUAUGAAGCUGCAUAGUGAUGUUUCAGCUAUAAUAGAAAAGCAACAUAAUGUAAUGCAAAAAAAAAAAUCACUUUUAAGAAGUCAUAAAAUCUUGUUUUACCUUGAACAAGUUGUAUAAACCUUAGACUCCCUUCAUGCUUAUAUAUAUGAAACUUGAAUUGUUUGCCCUUGUUACCUCACAGGUUUUUGGGUGUUUUUUUUUUGCCAAAAUCAGAUGUAAUAUAUGUGGAAGAUGUGAAUGAAAAUGCUUUAAAAACUAUGAAGCACUACCCAAAUUCAAAACAUUACCAAUCUAUCUAUAAAUAAGCGUAUUUGUUUAAAUUGGUAUCUGCAAUAGAAUUUUAGUAUGCUUUAAAAUCCCUAAAUAAUUUUCAAUUAUCAGUAAUUGAAAAUACUAAGUAACUUCAAAUGUGUAAGUGAAUGAACACUGUCAUUGUAAUUUUCUUAAUGCAUCCUGUUGACAUAAAUCUUACAUAUAAAAUGGGAAGAAAUCCUUGGUCAAUGAAAUUGUCUUUUCCCAUUUUAUCUUCACUUUUGCCUUGCUUAUUUGGAGUUGUGAUUUGAAUACCAACUUUCAGUCUAUAUACCUGCCUGCUUUUCUCCAUACCCUAUAAGCAUUGUAGAUAUAAUUUGUUUGGAAAUAAAAUCACCUUCCCCUCCAGGU